AUGCAGAGGGACUAGAUAGCAGCUUAAAUAGAUAGACUCACGAAGCUAGAAGUGAGUGAUGAAAAACUACUCUCAAACAUCAUGGACCUGAAAAAGGAAAAUGCUUUUACGUUAUAGAAAAAUAUUAACACUAUAGAGGCUAAAACAAGAGAGUUUGAGCAAAUGCUCAUGAUACCUGGAUUAAUAGGUCCAGGCGAACCCUUUGAAAAUAUGAGGGGAUUCCUUUCAUACAUUUACAGCUAUCAAUAGAGAUCAUUCAAAGAUCUAGAAUUGAAAAUUAAGAAGGUCAUAGAAAACAAUAUAGAUGACAUCGACAAGAAAAUAGACGAAAAGGUUCUGAGUGUUAAGCAGAAUAUUGAAAAUUAACUCUUCAAUCAUUAGGCUCAGAAAGAUGAUGGGAAGGAAAAUCUUAUAGACCUAAUUCAUAAUCUAGAUAAAAGAUUGAACGAAUAGUAAGAUACUACAAAAUAAAUAAAUGACAAGCUAUCAAGAGUUGAAAGAUUAGCUUUAUAUGAAUUGCCAGUUCAGAUCAAAUAAAACAGAGAUGAUGAAAUGUUAAUAGAGCAAGUGAAACAACUGUAGUCAGAAGUCUAAAGAUACAAGAGUGAAAUGGAUCUUUCAUUAGGAGAUAUGAAAGUAUCACAAAUACAGGUGACUCAAGAGAUUAAAAAGGAGAUGAAUGAUAGAUUUAAGUCAGUCCAGAAAAAAUUCGAUGAUCUAAAAAAUAAUGUGAGCACAAAUAAUCUAUAAUCUAAAUCUUUACUCUAGUCAAAAAAUAGCAAAUUCAGAGAUAGAGAUCAGAAUAGCAACCUAAACAAUAUCAACACAACUGUUUUUUCUAUUGAGAGCGAUGUCUUCAAUGAACAGUAAAAGCUUAGCAUUAUUCAUAUGAUAAGAGAAUAAUUACAAUUUACUGGAAAAGUUUUAGUAAAUUCUAGCAAUACUAAUCUAGAUUUACAGAAAAAUUAAAGCAAUGAAUUUGGAAGAAAGCCUUCCCUGUUAUAGACGAUGAAAACAGAUAUUGGAAUUUAAAGGAGUUCGACAGCCAAUAGAACAAGCAAUUAAAAUCAGAUGGAGGAUAGAAAUUCAAAUGAUACAAUACGGUCUAAAGUUGAAGACAUGCCCUCGCUUAUGAAUUUAAUAUCUCCAACAGCUAAGAUAAAUUCAAGGAGGAAUAUAAAGGUAGAGAAUGAAUCAAAAUAUCAAGUAUAGCAAGCAUUCCUAAGUGCAUUUGAUUAAGCCUAGCUAAAAAUUAAACCACAAAGAAUGAAGACAAUAUCAUUUGAUAUGCACUAGAAUAAAUCUGGAAAGAUAGAGAUCACAAAUUUAAAUCCCUCAGAAUCAGAACUUAAAGAUGUUUAGGUACUAACAGUGCCGAAUAACUUAGAUAAAGAUUAUCAAAUGAAUAAGACUUUUGAUUAAAACAAUGAAAAUUAAGACAGAGAUUUGGAAAGUAAUUACAAUGAUGAACCAGAGAUGGAUAGAAUGAACUAGUGA